GCGUGUCUAUACGCGUAUCGUAUGCACGUGUUUUUAGUUUACGUUGAUUAAGUUGAAGAAGUAUAAUAUGUUCCACAGUUCCACUUGGUAUCGAAUAUUUUAUUAUCGAGGUUUUAGAAAGAUACAUUUUCGAAUGCACAUUUUGAAAGCACACGCCCUAUUUUUGAUCAGACUUCCACAAAACCAUGACUAAAUGUGACAAAAAUAAAUCCCUACACCGUUGGGGUCGAGUCCAUAGACAUUAUUAUUAUGUCUAUGGUUCAAACUUUGCUUUUAUUGACUUUUACGUAUUCAAAACGAGAUUACCGCCAAACUAUCAAGCCACCAAAUCAAUGGGGCCAACCUUGCAAACAUCGUCAUCGCCCACUUGUUUAUAUAACUAAACUUGUACUUCUUACGAUAUUAAUCUCAUUCAUGGCGCGUCUCCGGCCUCCACCCUAGGGUACUCACUUACAGUGAGUUACCUUGGCUGCCAGUUGUAAUUGUUCCGACUCCAACAAAAUUUUGAUCAAAUUUCUAUCAAAAAUAUUUCAACAUCUCAUAAUAUCUUUAGACAUAUUUAUGAUUAGUGGUUUGUGAUAACUUAUCAAAUUCGUCCCCGUUGCUUCGAUAUUUCAAUUUUCAAUAGUUCUAUCAUAGUGUCAAAGUGAAUGAGUGUAAGCCACAAGGCAAUUAAAGUUAUUACUACUAAGUGAUAAAAAACGCCGACUUGUUUAUUUGUACAUUUUAUAGUUAGUGUUCUUUUGUAUACGUUUUAAUUUAAUUUGAAAGUUACAAAAUGUCGCACACUAUACUGUUGGUCCAAUUUGGAACCAAUCGGAAUACAAGGACAUAUUCCGACUACAAUUCUGUUAAAGAAUGCAUGAAUGGGAUUUGUGGGAUUUAUGAAUCACGUCUGAAGAAAUUAAAUCCACGCUUUUUGUCUCUUACAUAUGAAAUAACUGAGCUGUUUGAAUUUCUCGACCAAAUAACAGAUCUUUCAUGUCUUGUGUAUCAACCAGAUACGAUGAUUUAUAUUCCAUUCAACAAAGAAUGGAUAAAAGAAAAGUUAUAUAUCCAACUCAGAUGUCAAGCUAGUCCACCUGAAAAAACUGUUGACCUUAAGCAGUGUACAAGUUAUGCAUAGUAAUUUGACAAGUAUUCAAGAUCCUCAGAACUUCCCUUAGUUAAUAAAAUUAAUGUUUAAAUGUGUAAAUUUAUUUUUAUUUUUUGUGACUAUUUGUGUUAAGUAACUUUGUUUUACUUCAUCUCAUUAUAAUGACCAUUUUGGUACAUAAGAAAUUAUUGUAUGUAGUAUGUAUCUAAAUUCCUCCAAUUUUUUUUUUAUUAAACAAGAGAAUAUUACAAAAUGAUUAUUUUUUUAUUUUAAAACCUUAUAUUUUAUAUCUUAAAAGCAGUGGUUUCUACUUAAAAUUUGAUGGCAUAUAAUUGACAGUAACCAAGUUUGAGUUAUGAAUUUAUAGUAGCAUAUUAUCUCAUGGCUAUUUCAAAUACUAUUAAAUUAUGUACUAUGUAGAAGUAUGGUUAGUUUAAGAGGACGCUUCACCAACAUGGGUUGUCUCUGUCUUACAAACGCACAACAUAGUAAAAACCGUUUCAUACAGGUAAGGACCACUCGGGCUGAAGUCCAAGUUCAUCAACCAAAUUUUUUACACUAGAAAGAGAUUUUAAAUUGCAACAUUGUGUUUAUUUGUGUUAUCAGAACUAGAUAAAAACUUUCAAAAAUAACAGCAAUUUUGUAGAAACGAUCAGAACUUUUUUUUGUAGUUUUGAUAUCAAAAAUUUAUUAACAG